AUGAAGACCAAGAACCGGCCCCCCAGGCGUCGAGCGACCCCCCAGGACACAGAAGCCACUCCUGGGGAUCGGACCCCAGAGAGGCCCCAGCUAGGCUCAGGGCCAGAGCUGGCCAAGGGUCUGAGGAGUCGAGUGUCGCGGGCUCAGGGAGCUCGGGCGGAAGGUGGACGGCGGCGGCCUGGCCUGUCGGGUCCAGGGCCAGGACUGGGCGGUCGCCGGGAGAGCAGCAUCCAGCGGAGACUGGAAAGCAACGAGCGGGAACGGCAGCGCAUGCACAAGCUCAACAAUGCCUUCCAGGCGCUGCGCGAGGUCAUCCCACACGUGCGCGCGGACAAGAAGCUCUCCAAGAUCGAGACGCUCACACUGGCCAAGAACUACAUCAAGUCGCUCACCGCCACGAUCCUGGCCAUGUCCAGCGGGCGCCUCCCAGGCCUGGACGGGCCAGGCCCCAAGCUCUACCAGCACUACCAGCAGCAGGCAGCUGGCAGCACACUGGGGGCCACGGAGGCCGAGCCCGAGGCCCACCUGCAGAGAUACUCCACGCAGAUCCACAGCUUCCGAGAGGGCUCCUAGCGCCUGGCUUGGGGGCCACAGCGCCCCACCCGCUCCUCCUGGCCAGCUCUCUCUUGCUGGGGGGACCCCUCAGGCUGGAGGUGAUGCCCCCAGCAGCUCCACUUUCCCUGAACUUGGGUGCCUCCUUGGAACCCAGCACAUCCUGGCUGCUGCAGGGGCCAAGGCCAGUGAAUGA